CCGUGAGAGGAAGGUGUUGCCUAGCCCGCCUUUUCCCGACGAGCCCCUGUCAGUCUCCGAGACGCGCGUGCUUGUUCUGCCGGUCUUCACGCGAGCGAGCUGGAAAACUUUGAUUCAGUUUUUCCAGUCUGUUAUCGAAUCCUUUUUGGGAGUGUGUCCGUCGCGCUCGUAUAUCAUCUGCAUUACGAAUGACUGGAAGAAAACUGGCGUAGGAAAGUAGUUGUUUUCGGUAAAGAGAUACUCCUUACCUCCUCCUUACGCUCUCUUUGCAAGUCAUAGAACUUUCCAAAAGGAUAUAAGCAGAAAAUAUUUACCAAAAUAUGAAGACAACUAACUGAACACAAAACCAAAACACAAAUUCAAAUUCCAAAGCUUGGUGAAAUACAUUAAACAUUCUCAGAUACUAUGGAUGUGAUCAAACGAGCGAAAUAUUUAGGCAAAUCUAAUACCGUAGUACAGUGAUUUUCCCCCAUUUCGAUAUUAAAUAAAAGUUUAACACUUAACAUUUUCAAAAUGAGGCUUCAGGUCUUGCUGGCCUGGACGUUGUGCUGCUCGCUUGGUGCUCGUGUUAUUGCCUCGGCCAAGGUCAUCCGCCCUUCCCUCCAGACCCCGAGAACCACCGCUUCCGUAGUCUUCCGCCCUCACCACCACCGCCAGCACCACCAGCAGGAGCAAGCAGGUCGGCGGUCGGGGCGGAGCAACAGCGGCGCCAGUAGUUUAGCGGCUGACGGCGUAGGCAACAUAGGCAUGAGGCUGGACGGGAGUAGCAGUAGUCCCGUGGAGCCUAUCAAGCCCCUUCUGGACCUGAGUUCCGUGGGCGAAGGGGCGUCCCAGGCCGUCCCCCCCUACCCCAUGUUCGACGAGGCCGCCCCCAGGAAUGUCUCCGGACUCACUGGCAACGCUGCUUACUUGCACUGCAUCGUGCAUAACCUUGGCAACAAGAGUGUGUCCUGGAUCCGCCAGAGGGACCUACACAUCCUCACCGUCAAGCGUUACACCUACACGACGGACCAGCGCUUCGAGGUGAUCCACUCCGAGGGCUCAAAGGACUGGAUCCUCAAGAUUAAGUACGCUCAAGUUCGGGACUCCGGGAACUACGAGUGCCAGGUGUCCACGAAGCCCGUCAAGUCCUAUGUGAUUCAUCUGAAUAUUUUCGAAGCUGCACCUAAAGCCAUGAUAAUCGGAGCUCCGGAUAUGCAUGUCGAUAAAGGCUCAACAAUCAAUCUGACUUGCAUCAUCGCCCACAGCCCGGAACCGCCUGGCCAUAUAUUCUGGUAUCACAAUGGAAAGGUGCUGAACUACGACUCUCCAAGGGGCGGGAUCACAGAGGUGACAGAGAGGGGCAUCUCCACCACCGGCUACCUUCUCAUACAGGACGCCCGCCCCUCCGACACAGGCAACUACUCCUGCGAGUCCUCAAAGACCGCCCGUUCCACCAUGCGCGUUCACGUCCUCAACGGCGAGACCCCGCCGCCAUGCAGACCAACGGAGGAAGGCCCUUGCUCCUUUCGGCCGUCGGUCUCCCCCUGCUUCAGGUGCUUCUUCCAUCCCUCGUCCUGCUGCUCCCUGUGCUGGCGGACGGCCUCUUCUUCAGACGCUGGGGGACCUGAACACGCGGUCUCGCCCUUCCAGUUCUCACGACGCGGUGGAAAAAAGAAGGAAAUGUAAAUAUUGCCAGAGACCGUGAGUGGAGGAACUCACUUCACCCGGAAAGUGCCUUCCAUCUUGGAUUAUUUACAAGAAUUUCCGUAGAGUUCUGUAAACGUUAAGACUGGAGUUAUUUAGUGUGGCUAAUUUCAGUGUAUACGAAUAUGAAUAUAUAUAUAUAUAUAUUAUAUAUAUAUAUAUAUAUAUAUAUUAUAUAUAUAUACAUAUAUACAUAUAUACA